AUGACCGGCUCGGAUAGGUCGCUGCCCUCGUCGCCAGCGCCAGGAGCAUCCCCUGAAGAGUCACUGAAAUUCUACAAAACUCAGUACGAAUUUCUAGAAGCAGAACUCGCCGAGUUUCAAGCCUCGAGUAAGGACCUCGAAGCAGAACUAGAGCGCGACGUUGAACAGGCUGAAAAAAGGGAACGACAACUUAAAGAACAGGCUGCCGAUUUACGCUACCAGGUCGACGAGUGGAAGGAGAAACACAAACAAGCUAAGAGCGAGGCUGCCACUGCCCAGGCCUUGCUGGAAAGAGAAAUCAAGAAUCUGCGACAGGAAAACCUGACCCUAAGACAACGAGUCCGAGACAUUGAGGUAGCCAAUGACGAUUAUGAACGCAAGCAAAGGACGACAGAGGUGUCGCUGGAGGAUAUGGAGUCGAGGUAUAAUCAGGCUGUCGAGCGAGCAGUCAUGAUGGAGGAGGAAGUAAAAGGAGGGGAGCAAGAAAGAGAGUCUUUACGUAUUGAGACACAGCGACUCAAGGACGAAUUCUCCGACUUCCGUAUAGAGACCGACGUUGUGAGGAAGAAGCUGGAAAGAGCAGAAGAGGAAUUGGCCGUCAAGAGAAGGUCUCUGACCAUCAACCCACACAUUGUCGCAGCAUCACCAAGGUCCGAGCUAUCUCCAACCACAACAGACGCAUCCGCACCAUCCUUCGAUACUCCACCUGCGAAGACAAAGACCUCGUCGAGCAUCUCUGACGCUCCUACUCCACCCUCACCACCUGCAUCAAAUAAGAUGGCUGUAAAUACACCAUCCUUUGCUACACCUGCUCCAGUAAAAACAAGAUCAUCAAUAGGAGCAACACCCAGACAGCCGCCCUUAUCGGCAAAAGGUCAUGCACGAGGCGCAUCAGUGGCUACGAUGGGCAGACCACAGCCAAACUCGACUUACCGACAGAGUCUUGGAAAGCCUCUCACGACUGGUAGGCAGUCCAUUAUACCCAGUGGCUUACCUCAAUCAUCAUCCAUCGUUCAGCUGCGCAAUCUGCGAGGAAAGAUGCAGAGUCUUGAGGAGCGAGUCCACAAAGCUAGGUCAAGAUUACCUGGUCCAGCUGACACACCUCCUCGUGGCUCGCCCAGAAGUGGUUCCGCUUUGAGCAGCCACAUGCCUGCUUCAGUAACCAUGCGUAGCAAGCGCAAAACGGGCAGUAUUUUUAGUGCUCAAGAUUCUGAAGAGACUCCCUCAACACCAUCUGCCACGCGGACGAGGCCGAGUCGACCGUCACUGACAGGAAGACCAGCAUCGCCUGUGAGAACAUCCAUGGCUGCACCGCCACGGCCCUCCAGUCGAGCUAGUGCUGUUUCAACCCGUACGUCGAUGAGCCAGUUUCAGCCAGGGCAUAGUCGGCCCGCGAGUCGGGCAAGUAUAUCAGGUCUACGAACCCUAGCAAAUGGGCACCAUGCACCCAAUGCGAGCACAGAUCGAGUACGGCCACAUUCCAGUCUUAGCAGUCACGGGGGCUACGAUGGGACUUUCGAGGAAGAGCCAGAGUUAGACAGCAACGUAUCAAGCCAGGUAAACGCAACACCUCGACGGACGACAUACACAAAACGCGUCAGUGAUGUCAGUUCCGGUAUACCGACACCAGGAACCACGAAACGGCAUAGUCUAGGUGGAGGCAGUCGACUGCCAGCAUUGACCAGGCGGCAGAGCGGUGGUGUAGUACCGACUGAAGGUCGUCCACCGUCUCGGCAGGUCCUGGACGGUGUCAAAGAAGGCUUUCAGGAUGAUGAUAACGAAACGUUUUGA